AUUAAUGUAAUAAUAAUAUUUAACAGUAUUAUGUGAAUCCAAGUUGGUUUCUGUGUUGAUAUAAAAUUAUACUUCUCGGUUCCUUUUUCCCAACGUGUGGCACAGUUCUCAUGUCACUAAAGCAUUCAGUGUCGCUGAAAUUGAGGGAAAAUAUUAAAACCAACUGGACAAUGUGUUCUAUUUCAUCGUGAUAGUGUGACAAAAUUGAUUUAACAAAAAAACAAUGAGUGUUAAACCGUGCAUCAGAUGCCUCUCGCUGUGAGUAGCGCGGUGGUGACGCGCGCGGCGCAGGAUGUCGGAAGAACAGGCGUGCCUUGUGCGCGCCCGGUCAGAUUCUGAAGGCUCGUCCAAGCACAGCUUCGGAACUAUGACUUAUACUGAGGAUAGACUUAGCGGCACAGAGAGCGGUGGUGGUGAGCCAGGCAACACGAGCCACAUGGCCGCCAGCCCGCCCGACCACGCCACCGACGUCAACGAGAGCGGAGAGCUCCUCGACUACAACGACUCCAGUCUGUGGUGGCGCGCGCGGCGCGGCGCGGCGCUGGGCGCGCUGGCGGCGGCGGCGGGCGCGGGCGGGGCGGCCGCCGCCGCGCUCGCCGCCGCCGUGCUGCCGCAGACCGGCGCGCACACGCUCAUCGAGAACAAGGAGCACUUCAGUGCGUGGCAUCGAUACCUCCUCCUCUGCACGAUCCCAAUCCUGGCUUCACUAGUGAGCCUGAUCUGGACGCAGGAGUCUCCGCGGUAUCUACUUGAUGUCGGGAGAGAGGUCGACGCCAUGAUGGUGUACCAGAGUAUCCACAGUAGCAACAAGUUCCGGCCGGCCGCCGAGUACCGCCUCGGGGAACUCGCGCUGCCGGCCAAGCGCAGGCCGCCCGCGCUGCAUCACGUCCGGCAUAGCGUCAAGAUGAAUAAUAGACACGGACAUGGAAGUAGAGAGAGAGUUCGACAAGUGGUGUAUAUUCAACAAUACGGUAGUGCGGGGGAUGCAGGGGGGAUGCGCCCGCCACGCAGACCUCACGUCCAAGCUGGGGGGGAUGACUACUGAACAGAGCUACGUGGCGCACGCCAUGUUCCUCGUUACAUUCGUCGCGUUUAUGCCCCAGAACUUACGGCCUGUCGUGGCGAUGUGUGGAGCGUGCAUAUUGCUGUCUCCCUUGGUCUACAUAGCGCAGAGUGAGACAGCGCUAUACGUCGUAGAAGCCGUCUACCGAUUCUUCAUAACGCUGAUAUUUUACUCCGUGGGAGUUAGCGUCGUGGAUUCUUAUCCACACAAUUUGAGAUGCACGGCGCACGGGCUGGUCCUGUCCGUGACGUACGUGGGCGGCGCGGUGCUGCGCGGCGCGGGCGAGGCGAGCGCGCCCGCCUCCGCCGCGCUCUGCGCCGCGCUCGCCCUCGCCGCCGCCGCCGCCGCCGCCGC